AUGGAGAAUACAAAUAUAUCUCCCAAUACUACUACAACUACUACAACAACAACUAAUACUACAACUACUCAGAAUAUUGAUGAUGUGAACAAACAGACUCAGACUCAGACUCAGACUCAAGGUCAUGCUCAAGGUCAGACUCAGCCACAACACAAUGAAUCGUCAUCAUCAACAUCUAAUACAGAUGCAGAGAGGAUACCUCUGAAGGAGUCUAUAUUCUGGAACAACUUGCCAUCAUCUGAUCACCAACCUACAAUCAACAACAACAUCAGCAGUGUCAACUCUGACUACAUCAUGCCCAUCACAGCCUUCUCAAUGCAGAAGUUUGUACUAUACGAGACAAAGAGUCGCUUCUAUCUUGUUGGAUCAAACAGAACAAAGAACAGGUUUAGAUUGUUAAAGAUUGAUAGGACUUAUGAGGACAGGGUGGUGAUUAGUGAGGACCCGACAGAGUAUAAUAAGGUACAACUGCAGGAGCUGUUGACAAUGAUAGAGAAUGCUAAUAAGGAGGGAUUGAGCAGGGUAUGCUCGUCAUACGGUCUUCUUGGAUUCAUCCGAUUCCUUCACGGCUACUACAUCAUCUUGAUCACAAAGCGUCGCAAGGUCGGCCUGAUUGGCACGCACAUCAUAUAUGGCAUCGACGACACGACCUAUGUCUACAUCCCCACCACUGUGCCCAAGGCCAACAGUCCGGACUUUGUCGACGAGACCCGCUACAAGGGACUGUUCCUGGGCCUGGACCUCACCAAGGACUUCUUCUUCAGCUACACGUACGACAUCACACGCACACUCCAGUACAACAUGACACGUUACUUCCACAACCCUGCGCCCAAGACUAUUCAAAUCGAUGAGAAGACCAACCAACCCAAGCUCUACUACAACGAGCAGUUUGCAUGGAAUCAGUUCCUUCUUGAAAAGCUCGUCUCGCAGUCCAUCACCUGGAACUGGAUACUUCCAAUCAUACAUGGAUUCAUACUUCAAGAGAAGAUCGAUAUAUUUGGAAAGGCUGUAGACUUGAUAUUGAUCGCGCGAAGAAGUAGACAUUAUGCUGGAGCAAGAUUCCUCAAGCGUGGCAUUAAUGAGAAUGGACAUGUGGCCAAUGAAGUGGAGACGGAGCAGAUUGUACAAGAGCCACUGUCUGGCAACACAAGACAGUCGCAGUUCUCUUCUUAUGUUCAGGUGCGUGGAUCAAUCCCUUUGUACUGGGAGCAGGACAACAAUAUCGUCACACCCAAACCACCCAUUCAGAUGCAGCGCAUGGAGCCAUUCUACGGCUCGACCAUCGUGCACUUCCAACACCUCUUCCGCAAGUAUGGCUCGCCCGUGGUCAUCCUCAACCUCGUCAAAUCCAACGAGAAGAAGCCACGUGAGUCCAUCCUGCUGGGCGAGUUCACCACGUGCGUCGAGCAGCUGAACGAGCAGCUGCCGCCCGAGCACCAGCUCAUCUACCAGGCUUGGGACUUCCACAAGGCGGCCAAGGCCAAGAAUGAGGAUCACAUGGGCUGGCUCGACUCAUUCGCUCUGCAGACCAUCCAAAAGACUGGCAUCUUCCACUCGUCCAAGAAGCUGUAUUCGACGUCGAUACGCGAGGCCUGCCAGGCCGACUGCAAGGUCAACCUGAAGUACGGCGUGAGCGGCACCGAGCAGACCGGUAUCGCACGCACCAACUGCAUCGACUCGCUGGACCGCACCAACACGGCGCAGUUCUGCAUUGGCAAGUGCGCUCUAGCGCACCAGUUGUACGCAAUGGGUGUAAUCGAUCAACCACACCUCGAGUUCAACACGGGUAUCGUCGAGAUCCUCAUCGAGAUGUACGAAGCGUGUGGCAACCAGAUCGCGCUGCAGUACGGAGGCUCGGAGCUGGCCAACACGAUCAAGACCUACACCAAGAACUCGCUGUCAUCGCAGUCACGUGACCUCGUCACCACCAUCAAGAGAUACAUCUCCAACUCAUUCAUUGAUGUGGACAAGCAGCACUCUAUCAAUCUAUUCCUUGGCUACUACGUGCCGUCGCGACACAUUGAGGACAUUGCGUUGUGGAACCUUGAGACCGACCAUUAUCUGCACAACAAGACGAAGCGUCUACAGCACCACCUGCUGUCCAACACGCGCUGGUGGGAGGAGCCGCUCAAGGACUUCAAGAAGACGUCGCUAAUGUGCAACUAUGCCGAGAAGCACUCGAUGAUACAGUUGAUGCGUCAGCGAGCCGUCGAGUUUGAGGACAACUUCUACAAGCCCGACACAUUCACAUGGAUCGACAAGCACUUUGACUAUCGUUUCAACGAUCCGAUCCGAUUCAGGAAUCUCACAUCGGCUAUCGCCAACUACUUGGAGUCGCCCAAGCUCAUCAAGAAGAAUGUUCAAGCCAAUGGCGCCAACGGCAGUAACAACAACAACAACUCUCAAUCAUCAUCAUCAGCCAACAAUGAGAUAAUUCGCUAUGACAUCAAGAGAUGGGUGGUCUCAAUUACAAAGGGCAAGUCAGUUGCGAAUGGUGGUACAAAGAAGAAGACUGGCGAUAUGAACGGAGCGAAUGAGAAGAUGGACACAAAGAUCAGUGAGGGCGAGGACAAGGGUCAUCUCGGCAACUACCAGCCAUUCAAGAAGUUUGGCAUUGAGCUGGGUACGAAGAAGUCCGAGCAGGACGUGUUCAACAACUAUUGCUGCCCGGCCGACAAAACUGUCAACAUCCACGCGUCGCAAUACUCAUCGCAGGACAUUUACAGCCACAACUUUUACGCUGACUAUAUCAAGAACAGCGAGCAACUCAACUUUAUCAACAGCUCACUCAAGCCCACACCCGCCAAGGGUACGGUCAAGUGGUCGACCACACGCAAUGGACAGAGACGCGCCAAUGCACCCGAGGUCACCAAGCACGAGCUACAGACCGCCUUCUACUACUCAUUCCUACAAACGCACAACAGCAAUGCGCUGUACCCUGUAUCAUCAGACAACGAGUCCACCUACGUUGGCCACUCACAGAGCAUCAAGAACAUGCUGCUACAGAAGGAGCCACCCCUCCAGUUUGGUUCACAGCGCACCAACUCAUCGUACAUACCGAUCAGUUAG